UUGCCUCCUCCCGACUGCCUUUUUAAAUACAUUUAUUUUCAUUGUUAGAGUGGCCACUUGAGUAUCUGGUCAACAAUGGAUCAUCUGUGGUAUCCAUCUGGGAAAAGGCUAUAUGGACACUCCUGACCUGCAAAUUGAUAUUUCAUUUCAGAAUCGGUUAAAAUUAGGUUACGGUAAGGGUUAAGGGUUUGAUUAAAGGGUUAGUUUUAUAUUUUAGUUAGUCGUUUGCAGGUCAGCAGUGUCCUUAGGUCUCUCCCAUAGAUCUGAGGAACAGAGGAGAGGGGCAGGAUUCUGAGGUGAGGUAGAGAGAGACAGAGACAGGGACAGGGGAGCCGAGGUUGAUCGCUACAACAACACUCAACUCAGUCAGGACGGAAUAAGCUGCUAGAGACACACUGCGGGGUCUGGGAAGGAAAUCUGUAACAGGGGACGAAGGAGUGAAAGUGUUUAUGUUGCUGGAUGGACUUGUAUUUUUAUAUCGCAACUUAGUUUUUCCCUUUUCCUCUCCUUUCCUUUCCAUCGCCCUAACGGAUCGCAUUCCGCGGAGCAGCUGCGCUUUAAUGCCCCUGCGCACUCGAGGAGGAGAAGGAGAACAGAGGGAGGGAGAAGGAGAGCAGAGGCCUGACUUCUCGGAAACCGCUCCGCCGCCCCUCACGCCUCUCCCCCGUGGCUGUCUGUCCCCUCUUCCCUCCUGGCCCUGUAUGGACGGGGAUGGGGAGAGCCGGAUGUUGUUACCGCGGGGCUGAGCGCCUCGCAUCCCCACCGAGGGUCCCCCGCCUGCGGCCGUUGCUGGUGCUGCUCCUUGCUCUCUGCUACCGGGCUCACAGAGGUCAUUGCCAGGUGGCCACCCCUCAGUGUCGUAUCCAGAAGUGCACCACAGACUUUGUGUCCCUGACGUCUCACCUGACCCCAGCGCUGGAUGGCUUUGACGUAGAGUUCUGUAAGGCUCUGAGGUCCUACAGCGCCUGCACCCAGAGGACAGCCAAGUCCUGCAGGGGCAACCUGGUCUUCCACUCUGCUGUCCUGGGCAUCUCAGACCUCAUGACCCAGAGAAACUGCUCCCGUGACGGGCCCACCUCCUCCACACACCCCGAGAUACAAUCAGAGCCCUGCAACUACCACAGCCGCACCCAGCAUGCUCACACACACCCUCACACACACACUCACACGCCGCCAGGGUACCUGUUCUGCGGGCUGUUCGGGGACCCCCACCUGCGGACGUUUAAGGACAGCUUCCAGACCUGCAAGGUGGAGGGGGCGUGGCCGCUUAUUGACAACGACUACUUGUCCGUGCAGGUGACCAACGUUCCAGUGGUAACGGGAUCCAGCGCCACGGCGACCAAUAAGAUCACCGUCAUAUUCAAGCCCUUUGAGGAGUGUACAGACCAGCGUGUUUACCAGGCAGUAACAGAUGAUCUGCCCGCUGCCUUCGUAGACGGUACCGUGAGCAGUGGGGCCCCUGACCACAACGUUAACGACUCUACCGGGAAGGUACAAGCGCUGUGGAUCUCGGAGCAUAGCCCCGGUCGCCACGUGGAGCUGCAUGCCAGCUACAUCGGCGUGACGGUUAUCGUACGGCAGCUGGGGCGCUACCUGACCCUGGCGGUGCGCAUCCCGGAGGAGAUGGCCCAUGCCUACGACGCUACGCAGGACCUGCAGCUCUGUCUGAAUGGAUGUCCCACCUCGGAACGCAUCGACCGGGGGGGUCACCUGCCCCUGCCUCUCCCUCUACCACAUCCAGCCCUGGGCUUACAGCUCCAACAGCCACACGGCCAGGGCCAGUCCUCACACACACACUCCCACACGGCUCCCUACAGCGCCCCCCAUGGGUUCAGUAUGGAGGGUGCGCGGGCACACUGCAGGGAGCAGCUUGAGGUGCAGGAUAUUUAUUUCCACUCGUGUGUGUUUGACCUCCUGACCACCGGGGACGCUAACUUCACGGCAGCGGCGUUCAGCGCCCUGAAGGACAUGGAGAGUCUCCACCCCCACCGCGAGCGCUGGACGAUCUACCCACCCAGCUCAGCCCACACCUCUCAGCCUAUCACAUGGCUCCUACUGCUUACGCUCUGUGCGCUCGGAUAGGCACUGGUAUAGCGUGAGUGUGUGUUUGUGUAUUUGUAUGUGUGUGUGUGUGUUUGUGUAUGUGUGUGUUAAUAUAGAGCUCCUAGCUGAGCUGUAGGAUAAAGUUCCCUCUUGAUGCAGAUCUAAGUUCAGUAUUGUGUUUUCGCCCUAAUGGUUAUGAUUGGGGAGGGUGACCUAAGCUGAUCCCAGAUCUGUGUCUACGAGAAACUUCUAACCAGAGCCCCUCUGGAGAUUUACCCUUUUCUUCUUCUUGACUGAACACCCCGAGGCAUAUUACUGUCACAAAUGAGCUGCAAGCCCACAGGUCCAAGCCCACAGGUCCAAGCCCACAGGUCCAAGCCCACAGGUCCAAGCCCACAGGUGGAUUCUGAACAGAUUCCAUGACACUCUUGUACUAUUCCCAACUCUGCUAUGUGGGAUCUAGCAAGCCUUGUGGAGAUUAUGACCUAUCUAUAUGUGAGGAUAACACAUAAAGGAAGACCCCAAUAAACACUCCCAACUUGUGUGAGUAUUGUAGAAACAACCCCCGACUGUAAAUAGUGUGUGUGAGUAUUGUAGAAACAACCCCAGACUGUAAAUAGUGUGUGUGAGUAUUGUAGAAACAACCCCAGACUGUAAAUAGUGUGUGUGAGUAUUGUAGAAACAACCCCAGACUGUAAAUAGUGUGUGUGAGUAUUGUAGAAACAACCCCAGACUGUAAAUAGUGUGUGUGAGUAUUGUAGAAACAACCCCAGACUGUAAAUAGUGUGUGUGAGUAUUGUAGAAACAACCCCAGACUGUAAAUAGUGUGUGUGAGUAUUGUAGAAACAACCCCAGACUGUAAAUAGUGUGUGUGAGUAUUGUAUCCAGGAACUCUGAAUGGCGUCAAGUUUUUGUUGUUAUUUUGGCUUGAUUUUGUUGUGAUAGUUUUUUUUAUACCUCAGACAGGAAGUUGAUUUAUCAGAAGCACUUUAUUUAUUUUUUGUUGCUAAAUCCACACCAGUGUUCCCCCUCUCUACCCCACCCCUCAACCUUUCCCCUCU